GCUUUGUUUCUCACCCAAAAAAAAUUCCCCCGGACCGGUUUAAUAUAAGUGGAUACCAAUUUGAUGGGCUUUCCUUGCUUAGUCUAGUUAUCAUAAAUUUGAGAACACAGAGGCUUUGAGCCCGUACAAAGAGUCUUAAUUCAAAUAAGCCCAUUUCUAUUUUCAAGUAAAAGACGGCCCAGAUCAGCCCAACAAGAAAGCAAGCGAAAAUAUUCUAGGCGCGCAUUCAACGGUACGGACCGAGCAGGGAAGAUGCAUGACACGUGUAUGGUGAACACGAAGCCGCGCUGACGGUUCAAAUAUCAACCACUUCACAGUUUCAUCAACGAAGCUCUCUCUCUAGUGUAAGCAUAUUUCUCUCAUCACCUUCUUCGUUACCUGCGGCGGCGCCGGAAAAUGGAUUGCUGUUGCUCGCCGAUACACGUUUCUCCUAUCGCCAACCGUACGCAGGGUUUUAGAUCAGCUCUUCCGAGCGAUUCGUGCAAAAUCCCUCCGCUUCCUAAACCGUUUCUUCAAAUCGAUCACAGGCUGCUCCAUAGGCGGAAUUCGGCUCGUUUGACAGCGGCUACUGUUCGGAGAGGGGUUGUGUUGGCGGAAGCUAAAAAUCAGGGUUGGGAUUUGGGGAGAUUCGUGAAAACAUUCUACUUCUUCAAUUCCCCUCCGUCCCCGGCUAAGUUCAUUCAGUCUUUGAUCGAGAGGAUUUCCAGUCCAUCGCCUUCAGAGGAAAAUAAGACAAUGAAGACCUCUGGGGUGGUCCUCGUGGUUGGUGCUACUGGUGGUGUCGGUAAAAGAGUGGUUGAUAUCUUGAAAAAGAAAGGAAUCCCCGUUCGAGCUUUGGUCAGGAAUGAAGAGAAGGCAAGGAGAUUGUUAGGCCCUGAUGUAGACCUGAUUGUUGGGGACAUCACUAAGGAGAACACUUUGAACCCUGAGUACUUUAAGGGGGUCAGUAAAGUCAUUAAUGCUGCUUCUGUAAUUGUCGGUCCGAAGGAGGGUGAUACUCCUGACAGGGCCAAGUACAGUCAAGGAAUUAAGUUCUUCGAGCCAGAGAUUAAAGGUGAUUCACCGGAAAUGGUGGAGUAUCUUGGGAUGCAGAAUUUGAUUAACGCAGUAAAGGGUACAGUCGCGCUCCGUGGUGGGAAACUACUGUUUGGAUGCGAAGGUAGUGAGUUCAAAGAUCUCCCUUGGGGCUCUUUAGACGAUGUAGUUAUGGGAGGAGUAAGCCAGAGUACUUUUCAAAUUGACACUACCGGUGGGGAAGAUGGCGGGGCAACUGGGGUUUUUAAAGGUGUUGUAUCUACUGCAAACAAUGGUGGCUUCACCAGUGUGAGAACAAAGAAUUUUCCAAUACCUGAGGAUCUAUCUGCAUAUGACGGUUUUGAAUUGCGCCUCAAGGGUGAUGGUCGUCGAUACAAGCUCAUUGUUCGUACUAGCAGUGACUGGGACACCAUUGGUUAUACUACUGGCUUUGACACAGUAGAAGGUCAAUGGCAAUCUAUACGCCUUCCAUUUUCUUCUUUGAAGCCUAUCUUUCGAGCUCGGACUGUACCAGAUGCACCUCCAUUUGAUCCGAGCAAUAUUAUCUCACUUCAGCUCAUGUUCAGCAAGUUUGAGUAUGAUGGAAAACUGAAUCCAACUUUCAAGGAGGGUGCAUUUCAGCUUCCAGUAUCAACCGUAAAAGCAUUCAUCAAAGAGCCUGUUACUCCCAGGUUUGUUCACAUCGGCUCUGCUGGAGUUACUAGACCUGAGAGGCCUGGUCUUGAUCUCAGUAAACAACCUCCUGCUGUUCGCUUGAACAAGGAAUUGGGUUUUAUCCUCACCUUCAAGUUGAAGGGGGAAGAUGUUAUACGUGAGAGUGGCGUGCCAUACGCAAUCGUAAGACCCUGUGCUUUAACUGAGGAGCCGGCUGGAGCAGAUCUAAUUUUUGAGCAGGGGGACAACAUAACAGGGAAAGUGUCAAGAGAAGAGGUAGCUCGGAUAUGCGUUGCUGCUUUGGACAGCCCAUAUGCGUGCGACAAAACAUUUGAGGUGAAAAGUGUGAUCCCAUUUAGCGAGCCGUUCACAGUGGACCCGGAAAACCCACCGCCGGAGAAGGAUUACGACGUGUAUUUCAAAAGCUUGAAGGACGGCGUCACUGGGAAAGAAUUGUUAGACCGAAGUCCAGUUCCCGUGUAAUCGAUCGGUAGCAAUGUGAAUCAACUCCUGUGUAGAUAUUGACUCUCUCAAUCCAACGUCGUCAGCAAGUGCUUGUCCUGAGCAUGCUAAUCGAGUUAUGUUUGGGGAAUGUAUUAUAUUUUGCCAGUCUUUUUGGAAUCUCUUCUCCUCCUCUAUCUGUCAUUCCUACAGGCAGAUUCAGAUCUGUGAGGUACGGGGAAACCAUGGCGUAGGCUUACUGUCUGUCUGCCGACUGCUACGUCACCCCUAUAGUUAGUUACUGCUACGACUCAGAACGUCAGUUGUGAACGUUAUUUGAUUGGACGGGGGCUUAACAUUUGUCAGCUCUCUGUGGAGGUGGAACCGUGCACGUGACGAGCACGUGAGUGGUUUUGUUAAUUCUUUCUUUCAUUCUGGACCAUCACGUGAUGGCCCACAUGGCGUGAUGAUAUUGGAACCACGUGGUGGGUGAUGUGGAGGAAAGAUAAAUAUAUUUUUUUAAU